AUGCAUCACCACCACCACCACCACCACCACCACCACCCCCCGACCCCAAGGAGCGGACCGCUGGCGGCAGCCCAAGCCGACUUCAACGACGAGGACCCCCUCAAGAGCAGCAGCACCUACUCCACCCGCCUGAACCGACGCACCGUGCGCAAACUCGACCUCCUCCUCCUCCCCUUCCUCGCCCUCCUCUUCCUCCUCAACAGCCUCGACAAGAGCAACAUCGGCAAUGCCGAGACGGCCGGCUUCACCCACGAUGCCGGAUUGUCCGCCUCGGACUUGAAUGUGUCGUUGGCUUACUUCUUCGCCUUCUUCGUCGCGUUGCAGCCGGUCGGCGCGGCGUUGGGGCGGAAGUAUGGGAUGGCGCGGUGGGUGCCCGCGUGCAUGUCGUUGUGGGGGUUGUGCACGAUCUUGCAUAUCUGGGUGAGACGGCGGUGGCAGUUGAUUUGUUUGAGGAUUGCUAUUGCGAGUUUGGAGGCCGGGUUUUACCCUACCACGGUCUCGUAUUUGAGUCUGUUUUACACGCGGUAUGAGUUCGCGGUCAGGCUUGGCUUCUUCUAUGGACAGAGUGCUGUGGCAGGUGCGCUGGGCGGGGUGUUGAGUUGGGCUGUCUUCAGUCAUUUCCCUAAGCAGCCCUCUGCCCCUCAGUUGCCACCAGUGGACACCGUAAGCGCUGCUGUGGAGGGGGGAUGGAAGAGCUGGGAGGUGCUCUUCUUAAUCGAAGGCUGCACCACCAUGUGCGUCGCCCUCAUCGGCUUCUUCUGGCUGCCCAAAAGCGCCGACACGGCCUGGUUCUUCACAAGUCAAGAACGACUCUGGGCGGAGCAACGGAUAAGACUCGAUCGCGACAACUCCGACGACAACAACGCCCUCCCCGCGAAUGGCGGGCUCGAAGACGAAGCGGUGGCAGACGAACCGCAUCACCGCUUACUCAACGACUACGCAGACAACACCUCCCGUCGCCGCAAAUUCUCCACCGUCUCCGCCAUCUCCGUCACAGCCGACAGCGGUCUCAGCACCCACGACAUCCUCUCCGCCCUCCUCAACUACAAAAUCUGGCACCUCCUCCUCUGCAACAUCCUCUCCGCCAUCCCCGCCACCGCCUUCGGAGUCUUCCUGCCUCUAGUACUCAAACAACUCUCCCCCUCCCUCAACCUAUCCCCAGCCGCCUCAAACCUCCUCUCCGCCCCACCCUUCCUCUUCGGCGCCGCCAUCCUCUUCCUCUUCACCUACUGGAGCGACCGCACGCACCAACGCCUCCUCCCCAUCCUCGUCGGCUUGGCCAUCCUACUCGUCGGACUGACCCUCACCGUCACCACGCCCCGCUCAAACUACAUCUUGCGGUACUCCGCCCUCUGCAUCUUACUCUCGGGAUCUUACAUCGCCUCCCCGCUAACCGUGGCCUGGAUUUCGGGGAAUACACCCGAACCCGGUAAACGCGCCAUCUUACUCGGGAUCAACGGAUGGGGUAACCUGGCGGGGGUGUUCAGCGCGUUGCUGUUCCGGCCGGAGGAGGAGGGGAGCGGGUAUUUGGGCGCCUUUGUCGUCACGCUUGCGUGCGUCGGCGCCAGUUUGGCCGGAUUCGUGGCGUUUUGGGUGAUGCUCGUUAGGGAGAAUGCGUGGAGGGAGGGGGUUGUGGCGGGUUGGUCGGAGGAUGAGAGGGAGCGGGAGGAGUUGCUUGGGGAUGCGCCGGCUGGGGAGGCUUCCAGUCUUGGGGUUUGGAUGGAGAAGCUGGGGUUGACUGUGGCGCUGGAGAGGCUUGGUUUGGAGCGGGGCAGGCGAGGGGAUGAGAAGAUCACUUUUCGGUAUGGGUUGUGA